AUGAAGAAUAACAAACUGAAACUGUUAGCGGAUAUGGGGGAAGAGCGUCGGGAAGAACACAAUGAAUGUUUUUUUUUCUGGAAGCAUCCACAAUCCCAGCUUACAACCGCUCGAAUUCUCAUUGUUAACGGGAAAGCUGGGGAUGAGAACGACGAUGAUCUUCUCACACACAGCCAACGUCGUUCCCAACAUCCUACAACUUCCCUCCAGAAAAAACCACCCGACGACGACGAUGAUUUCGCCGAAAACGACGGAGCUUAA